UUCUACGUUCAGAAAAACAGAGUUAUGCCAGCUGUAAAGAACUUCAAAGCUUAUUUUGCAAUACUCGUUAUUUGAUAAUAUGAUUUUAAAAGCAAUCAUUUGAUGUAGGUGCGCAGGAUAAAACGACAUAGUCCUAUUGAGCUAAAUAUUUUGUUUCUAAUCUAGGUCAGUAUUACCACUAAUACUCUCAAGAAGAAAGCAUGAAAAGCAGAGUGACAUAGGAGCUAAAACAUGGAUAUGGGCAAUAGUGAAAAGAGAGGAUGAGUUAUAAUCAAAGGACUCGGGAAUUAAAAAGCAUUUGGUGAAAUUCAGAUGGAAUUUCUUAGGCGCUUCUCUUUAAAAGUGUAAAUAGAUAGAAUAAUUCAAAACUUAAUCUGUAUUAUCCAAUUCAAAAUGUUAACAUGUAUAGCUAUGAAUAGAUCCUCCAACAGCAUUGUCGGAGGGAAAAGCCAGAACUCCAGCUAGCAAGAUGAUACGUUGCAGCACCUUCAUUGCAUGUAGACCGUGUGUCUCUCACAUGGAAGAACUUUAUUUAAAUGGAUUACUCAAUCUACUACACCACUCCACCUCAUCUCCAUUUACUAUCGUCACCUUCACUACAAUCACACUUCAUCUCUAUUUAAAGCAACAAAACCUGCAUCCUCAAGUUCACCACAAUCUCACUCCAUCUCUAUGUACUUACAGUGCAAGCUCGUUCCUUUCAACCCAAAGUGGUCUGCUCCCUCACUGAACUCCGAAUUCAGGCCCUCCAUAUCAUACAGUAACUUGAGCACAGACCAUGAGAAAUCUCAUUUUCGAAGAACCUGGGAUCAGAGUAAAUACCAAUACUACUCAAAGUAUAAAUCAUGCCUGGGAGCGGAUACGAGUUCCAGUAGUUGUGCCUGCUCUACAUCUUGCAAUGUAUAUAUGCAUAGGGAUGUCCAUCAUGCUCUUCCUUGAGCGCAUUUACAUGGCAAUAGUGAUCGCAGGGGUCAAGUGCUUUGGAAGGAAAAGAUAUACGAAGUAUAAGCUCGAGUCUGUAAAAGAAGACCUAGAGAAGCACAAAAACUACCCAAUGGUGUUGGUCCAAAUACCUAUGUUCAACGAAAAGGAGGUUUACAAGCUCUCUAUUGGAGCUGUAUGUGGCUUGUCAUGGCCAUCAGAUAGGCUCAUUGUGCAGGUUCUUGAUGACUCCACCAAUGAAGUUUUAAGGACAUUAGUGGACUUGGAAUGUCGAAAGUGGAUAGAGAGAGGGAUAAACGUGAAAUACGAAACAAGAAACAACAGGAAUGGCUACAAAGCGGGUGCUCUCAAGGAAGGUCUAAAGAAGCAGUAUGUUGAUGACUGUGAGUUUGUUGUGAUCUUUGAUGCAGACUUUCAGCCUGAUGAAGACUUUCUUUGGAGGACCAUACCAUAUCUUCUCGACAACCCAGAAUUGGCUUUGGUUCAAGCCAGAUGGAAAUUUGUUAAUGCAGAUGAAUGUCUGAUGACUCGACUCCAGGAGAUGUCAUUGGACUAUCACUUCAGUGUUGAGCAAGAAGUUGGCUCGUCAACAUGUUCAUUCUUUGGGUUCAACGGGACUGCUGGCGUCUGGAGAAUUCAAGCAGUGAAUGAUGCUGGUGGAUGGAAAGACAGGACCACAGUAGAGGACAUGGAUCUUGCAGUCAGGGCUAGCCUUAAGGGUUGGAAAUUUGUGUUUGUGGGUGACCUAGCUGUCAAGAACGAACUCCCAAGUACCUUCAAGGCUUAUAGAUUUCAGCAGCACCGCUGGUCGUGUGGCCCAGCUAACCUCUUUCGCAAGAUGAUGAAAGAGAUCAUGCUUUGCGAGGUGAUACUAUUUUCUAAAUUCUGUCUAUUUUUUUUAAAAAAAGAAGCUUUUCUGUCAACAAGUCACAUCACACCUUUUCUUUUAAUGCAGCGUGUAUCAAUCUGGAAGAAGUUUCAUCUCAUCUACGGCUUCUUCUUUGUGAGGAAGAUUAUUGCACACUGGGUUACUUUUUUCUUUUACUGUGUUGUCAUUCCAGCAACUAUCUUAGUGCCUGAAGUCCAUCUUACAAAGCCUCUAGCUAUAUAUCUUCCAGCAACCAUUACCAUUCUUAAUGCCGCUUGCACACCAAGAUCUUUCCAUCUUCUUGUAUUCUGGAUCCUAUUCGAGAACGUCAUGUCUCUCCAUCGAUCUAAGGCAACAAUAAUAGGACUCUUAGAAGCCAACCGAGUAAAUGAAUGGGUUGUAACUGAGAAGCUGGGGAACAUGAUGAAGCAAAAGUAUAGUGCCAAGGCAUCAAAGAGACCAAGAUCGAGGAUAGGUGAAAGGAUUCAUGUCUUAGAGCUGCUAAUGGGAAUGUAUAUGCUAUACUGUGCUAUAUACAACAUGCUAUUUGGAAAUGAUCACUUUUUCAUAUACCUGUUCCUGCAAGCAGGAGCUUUCUUCAUCGUUGGAGUAGGGUAUGUUGGAACAUUUGUCCCCAAUUAGCGAAUCCAGUGAACAUAGAUGCCACUAUCGUGUUGGACAGACAGCAAGAACCAUGCCCAGCUAGUAGACUAAUAGUGUGUAAGUGCUAAAUUGUAUAAAAACUUAGGCCCUGCGAGAGCUCAAAGGUUUCAAUGUAAUAAUGUGUUGUCUCAUAUUUAUACAUUUGCAGAAUUGACAGCUUGUUCA